AUGUCACGCCCCUCCCAUACAUAAUUAAUCACUAUCAUGGUUCCAAGGGAUGUGAAAGAAUCUUUCAAAACUCAUUCGCCUGACGGGAAGAAGACACCAACUCGGGACUGGACCCUUAAAUUGUUUGAUUUUCACGAGAGGAAUAAAGGGCAAGACGAUAAGCCCAUCACAGGUGAAUACAUUGAUGGUGUACUGCUACCAACCCUGAUCAAGCCUGGGGAUGUGGUGGCCCUGAGGCAAGAGCUCAAGCUAAGAGAGACUGACGUUUUUGUGGCUACGUUUCCCAAGUGUGGCACAACGUGGACUCAGCAGAUAGUGAAACUGAUCUGGAGUGGAGGGAGAGAGGAUGGAAGGGACGUUGAUGAGGCUCUCCCAUGGAUUGACGUAACAAAACCACACGAACUUGAUGACAUGCCUUCACCUAGAGGUUUUAAAACCCACCUACCGUACCACCUCUGUCCAGGUGGAGAUCCCAGACAAUCUCCCGCCAAAUACAUAUAUGUUUAUCGUAACCCAAAGGACACCAUGGUCUCCAAUUACCAUUUUUCAGUUAAGUUUUUACCCGAGGACAUGCCAUGGAGCAAUUAUUAUAAAAUGAUGCUAAGCGGUGACGUUUACUUUGGUAACAUUUUUGAUCACAUGAGAGGAUGGUAUAUACAUAAAGAUCUGCCUAAUGUUUUAAUCAUAAGUUACGAAAUGCUAAAAAAGGACUCAUUUAACAUGAUAAAAAAGAUAUCAGAUUUCCUUGGGUACCAGCUCCAAGAUGAUGUCAUUGCUGAUAUAACAAAACUAACAUCAUUUGAAAAAAUGAGAGGGAACGAGCUAGCCAAUAACAGCUGGAUGGAUAAAUAUCGAAGAGAAGGGGCAGGAUUUAUGCGUAAAGGAGUCAUUGGAGAUUGGAAGAGUUUGUUCAGCGAAGAGGAAUCCAUUGAAAUUGAUGAAAUAAUAAAAGAAAAGUUGAGCGAUAUUGGACUAGUUUUUGAUUAUGAUCCAUAAAUGGUAUCACAUUUUAAUAAUUCAUACGUUGAUGUUUUUUUAUUGUAAUGAUACAUGCCUCUGGACUAGUGUUUUUCCGUAAACUUCAUAUCAUUAAAUUUUUAUUUGUCGAUAUACUUUACAUCUAUGUCUUUAUUGUUUGUACAAUAAAAUUUUGUGAAAGUUAAA